GGGGGGUGCCCCCUCUGCGCUCCCUUCCUUCGCCCUCCCGAAAACGCGAGCCUUGCCAGGCAAAGCUCAGCCCGAUUCCGCCCCCGAGAAAGAGGGAGAUCUCUUUGGAAACAUGGAGCUGCUGUGCUGCGAGGUGGACCCCAUGAGGAGAGCUCUGCCCGACCCGAACUUGCUCUACGAUGACCGCGUUUUGCACAACUUACUAACCAUAGAGGAGAGGUAUCUGCCCCAGUGCUCCUACUUCAAGUGCGUCCAGAAGGACAUCCAGCCCUUCAUGAGGAGGAUGGUGGCCACUUGGAUGCUGGAGGUCUGCGAAGAGCAGAAGUGCGAAGAAGAAGUUUUCCCUCUGGCCAUGAAUUACUUGGACAGAUUCUUAGCUGUGGUGCCCACUCGGAAGUGCCAUCUGCAGCUGCUGGGGGCAGUGUGCAUGUUCCUGGCCUCCAAGCUGAAAGAGACAAUCCCCCUCACAGCCGAGAAGCUGUGCAUAUACACGGACAAUUCCAUCAAACCCCAAGAGCUGCUGGAAUGGGAGCUGGUGGUGCUAGGGAAGUUGAAGUGGAACCUUGCAGCCGUCACCCCUCAUGAUUUCAUCGAACACAUCCUAAGGAAGGUGCCUCUCCCUAAAGACAAGUUGCUUUUGAUCCGGAAGCAUGCGCAGACCUUCAUUGCCCUUUGUGCAACAGAUUUUAACUUUGCCAUGUACCCACCAUCAAUGAUAGCAACUGGAAGUGUGGGAGCAGCCAUCUGUGGCCUUCAGCUCGAUGAUGGGGACAGCCUCACGGACCUCCUGGCCAAGAUCACAAACACAGAUGUGGACUGCCUUAAAGCUUGUCAGGAACAGAUCGAAGCGGUGCUAGUAAACAGCCUUCGGCAAGUCCGGCAGCAGCAGCAGCAAAGCAAUCCUUCCAAGACGGUGGAUGAACUGGACCAGGCCAGCACUCCCACAGAUGUGAGGGAUAUCAACCUGUGAGGACAUCACCACGCAAAGUCACGCUUGCUCCUCCCAGCCCAGUUUAUUUUUGUUAUUAUUUUUAGAGUGAAUUUUUUUUUUUUUUAAUCUGCUCCCACAUAGAGCAUAUUUAAACCUCUUUUAGGCAAAAAAAAAAAACAAACAAAGAAACAACAACAACAAAAAAAAAGACAAAACAAAAACUGAAUAAUGAAAAAAAAGCAUUUGGUGCCUGUGAUGUUCUACAGAAGGGAAUCCCACAAUAUAUUUGGUAAUUGCUAUUUGAUUAUGUAUCAGUGAUAUUAAAUGCUUAUAAAAGCAUACAAAGUAGCUAGAUCAAUGUAAGCCUGCAUUUGUGGGAAGAAAGUAGAGUAUACUUGUCUGUGUAUUAUGACCUAGUGCAUACACCCCUUUUUUAGAUUUAAGAAAGGAAUCGUGUGUGCGAUUUUAUGGCUUGACUAGAUUGCAAAGCAAUAGAAUAAGGGGUUUAGGGCAAAGUGGGAAAAGAUCCCCAAAGCAAUUGAACCAUUUUGAAUGCAGAAGAGAUUUGCUGAUCUGUCACCUCUGUUAUUAGUCAGAAGUGUUUGUUGGAUCUCUGUAUGUUAGUUUUGUUUACUCUUGCUGUCUGUGGUAGCUGCUACCUAAGAAAGAAGAUGCUUUAUUUUACCAGCCAGAAGAGCAGGUGUUUUUUGGUUUUUAUUUUUAGUUGAUUUAUUUUUCUUUUUUCUUUUUUUCUCGACUUCCCCUCUCCCUUCUUGACUUUUUUCUACUUCUCCUUCAGAAAUGGUUCAUUCUAAACACAGCAGCGUCUUUGGCAUAAGGGCAAUUCUGUUUACCCAGCUGUGGGCCAAGCCAAAGUUACCAAGUGUCGAUGUUCAGUGGGGGAAAUGCAUGAAUUAAUCCCAAGUGGUUGUCUCUAAUUAGACCACCUCCAGCCUUUGGAUUGCAAGAUGUGGUGGAUCAUCUAUGAAAAGCAUUAUAUUCCUUUCCAGUGCUAAUACUUCACAUCAAUGUUAACUUCUGGCAGCUUCUUAGCCUGGCCAUCAAGACAUUUAAAUGAUGCUCUGUCCAUCUUCCUUUUUGACAUAAACCUCACUGUGUUAAAGAAGAUGAGAUUUGGUUUGAUCCCUCGUCUACCUUCCCAUCUUCCCCCACCACCCCCGCACACUUUUUCAGCAUUUCAUUAACUUUAUUGAUCCACAGUGAGCAUUUUUUGUAAACCAUUUCAUUCGAAAAGCACUUUGAAAAUUGUUCCUAAGGGAUUAAAUGAGAUGGUUUAUGACAAUUUUGCCGAGGAGGAAAA